AUGAACCAGCAGGUGUCCGGGCCGUGGGAGUGGUUAUUCGGCUGCCUGGAACCUGGGUACGAAUAUGUGUGUAUCCUUGACUAUUCCUACGAUCAGGAAUACAAGAUGGAUCUAGCAAUCUUCGACACGCCAUCGGUUCCUAAUGAGCCUUGUUUGGGCAAGCACUCUGCAAGCCCGUCGAAGGCGCUGUUUAGAGCAGCUUUUGGCAGCUCCAGGCCGCCUGAGCAGAGCCCAACUCCGGUUCGAUAUGCUGACAUCGAUCGAUACUUGCUCGAAGUGCCUGAGAGUUGCGUUCUCGAUCUGAACCUCAGCAAUCGUGCCCAUGCAUCCUUGCAUGGCAGUAUGCGCAAGCUCAUCUACGAAGCCAAAGAGCUGAUUGCAAAGCAUUUGCGUGUGUUGCCCACCAUCAUGGGCGCAAAACAAAUACCAAGAGACCUUCGAAGAGUCUAUCAGACGGCGAAUAUGAUCUUCCCGUUACCAGGACAGAUACAGACGUGGGGAGAUUUUGUGCCGUACGUACAAGAGGUCUUCGAACACGGCAUCAACACUGAAGCUCGCAUGUUGAUCCUGCAGGCGAUUCAUUUCCAGGAGCUCCGUGAGCUCGAUGAGAGGGAACAAAAAGAGAGGGCGAAGCAUGCCUCAGCAUUAGCCAGAACGACCAGGUCGAAAGAGAAAAAACGGUCGUUGAUGGACACGAAGGAGAAGCCUGGGACUGAACCGUUAGCAUACGCCGCAUACUCCCUCAAAGACAAAAACGAGGAACUAUCCGCAAAACCACGAACAAAGCAAAGCCUCUGGCUCCGAAGUCUCAAGGGCUAUUUGGAGCAGCCAAGGCGAUAA